AUGUCACUUAAAGCCCUUCCCUCGGUAAUCACACCAGCAUUAUUGAAUUCCAUCCGGAUGCAGCCCUCUCUUCCUCCCCAUAGUUGGUAUCUCAUUUCGGCCACAGUGCUUACCAUCCUUAAUCGUCCCGAUGAAAUAGCCACUGUUUAUAAACAUGUCAUGGAGUUUGGACCUUCCAACAUAGACUCCAUGCCCGGUUAUGACGAGCGACUAAAAAUCACCAGGCGGAUGCGAGAAGCGUUGCUCAAGACAAGUGCUAUUGGAGGCGUUCCUAAGGCAAUCAACGCUAUCCUCGUUCUGAAGGAAGUUACGCCAAUAGAGUUGCAGGAUGCGCCUAAUAGCUUUUCUCCGACAUCACGAAGGACGGAUAUUUACAACACUCCAACUACAGAAAUACUUGAGCGUGGCCAGAGCUUCUUCAACAAGAUAUACGGCAAAAUAUCAAAAAGAGUUAUAAGCCAAUUGGACCAGUCAGGCACAGAAGAUUUAGGAUUGAUUGCCCGGCUGAUGUAUUCUUACGUAUUGUCGCCCUCCAACGUGUUAAUACCUGUGGAAACUAGCUAUAUCAUGAUUGCUGGGCUGAUACCUCAAGAUGUCAACCCGCAACUAAAGGGACAUUUGAGAGGUGCAUUGAACGGAGGUGCCACGGAGGAGGAAGUUAGAGCGGUAAGGGACAUCUCGAUACGUAUGUGCGAAAGUUUAGGCAUGGCGAAGCUCGGUAGUUCUAUUCCUGCCGGCUGGGGAUGGAGAGAGGAGGUUGCAAACGUAUGA